AUGAAAGAGAUCGACGCGCAUUUCGAUGCCUACGAGCAUCUGAAGCAUCUGCCUAGGGAGAAAGAGGCGUUGCACAUGCUUCGCAAGGCAGCUUCCAUGGUGAAGCCGAUUAUGAGGAAGCGCGGCUGGAAAGUCAGAACACUGUGCGAGUUCCUGCCCGAAUCGGCUCGACUACUAGAAAGGAUUCUCGUCCGCAUGAGGUAUCACUAUGACGCCAGACAAUUCCUACCCUUUGAAGAAAUCAUGGACACAUUACUGCAUGAACUUUGCCACAUCGUAUUUGGCCCCCACGACGGCAACUUCCACAACCUCUGGAAUGAGCUCCGCGACGAACACCAGACCCUUCUCAUGAAAGGCUACACUGGCGAAGGCUUCCUAGGACAGGGCAAGAAACUAGGUGGCCAACGAGUCCCACUUGAUGAGAUGCGCCGCAAUGCCAGGAAGGCCGCUGAAAAGCGACACGCCGCAUCUAAGCCCAGUAACGGAGGACAUCGCUUAGGCGGAUCACGCCCUGUACAACGUGGCGUCGAUAUGCGCAAGGUCAUCGCCGAUGCAGCGUCACGUAGAAUCAGCAUCACCGACGGCUGCGCGAGCGGGACUGCAAACGCAGGAACAUUGGUCGACCAACAAGCCCAAAAUGGAUUCCGAACGACUGCAGAACAAGACGACGCAAAUGACUGGGCCAUCGCGCAAGCCCUGCAAGAUCUCAUGUACCAAGAGGAAAUGCAGAGGUUAGGUGCACCAACAGGAAACGGCGGUCUAGCCUGGGAUCCAGAGAACGGGUUGAAGUAG